CAUUUCGACAUCAGAUUCACAACAGCGAGCAAAGAGCUUCUCUGCUGAAGGGAUUGGUUCGCACCAGUUUUGCCUAACAGGUCACGAUGAUCAUUUCCACGCUUUCGCGAUGAAACGUUGAUUGGGUGGGUACGAGACUGCGAAAUCUCUGGUACUAGUAGUUUUGAGUUGUCCGUAGGAACCGCACCCUUACCUCCACUGAUUAUGGCUGCUGCACGAGUCUCCCGUAGAGCAUGGACUCACAGUCAGCAGGCGGUCGAUCUCAUACCUCGGCCUCUCGUUAGCAUAUGCCGAGAGCAAGUCGCGAAGCGUCUUCCCUGUGAUCUGGUCGCCGAAUUUUCUGUGGACGGCUCAGAUCGUCUCUGUGCUCUUGGCCCUCAGCUUCCUCUCGCUGUCGAUCUCGCCGCAGGAAGGUGGAUCGGACGGUUUGAAGGAUCUCUCGGCGCAGCUUCUCUCGGCGCAGCAACUCCAGGAGGAGCCAGGGAUUCUUCAAACGAGCACUUGGGCGAUGGAGCUUUCCAUCAUCGAGUCGAAAGGGAUCGGGUCGAGGACGCAGUAGCAGCACCAGCUCGAUCAGGCGAAGCGGUAGCUAGAAUAGGAGCGGCAUGCGUGCAAGAUGGGGCAUAUGCUUGCAUAGCCAGUAGAUCUGCUCACCAAAUGCAGCAAGAACAGUCAUGGCCUCUCAAGACGGCUGGUUCGAGAGGCAUCCAUUGCAUGAUGUGGCAACAAAACUUGAGGCUCUCUUUUCCAGCAGAGCAACCAUUCACCCAUAACUGUAGGAAUGCCCUUGACCUGCUGGCUUGGCGGAAAGGCCCUCCCCCUCUCCUGCAUGUAUGCCUUCAGCCUCGCCACCAGCGGUCCACGCAGGGUUCAGCGGAGGUACAUGGAGGCAGCAGACGUUUGAUAUCCAGCCAGGCUGGCUCCGCUUCGCUGAAGGUGACAGAGUUACCGUUAGGGAGAGCGCAAGAGGAGAACAGAAAGGAGAAGAGGGGGGAAACAGGGGGGGAAGAGGAAGACGAGGGGACGGAGCAGAGAGAGGAAGACGCCAGAAGGAGAGGAGGGGAGAGAGAGGAGAGGGAGGAGGAAUACGAGUCAACGGACGAGGAGAAUCUGGGGUGGCGGUCGCACUGGGGGUUCAAGCUUAUCAUUGCCGCUACCAUCGCUGGCGUCGCUAUCAAUGCGUUCCCGCUCAUGGGCGACUCGCUCAUCCGCCACUCCACCGCCCUGCUGAGGGCCAAGGACCCUUUCCUCAGGCGAGCAGGGGCGUACCGCCUCGCCUUCAUCGCCUCCAAUGAUGAAACCCGCAUGAAGAUCAUCGAUGCCGGAGCCCUUCCCCACCUCCUCCUCCUCCUCGACUCCCCCUCCCACCACUCCAGAGCUGCCCCUCCUCUCUCCCCCCUUCCUCUCUCUCCGUCUGAGAACCACACUCUCAAGGAAGCACUCAACUGCCUCGCGUCUUUGGCUGUUUCAGACACAGCAGCACAUGCCAUGGUUGCAGGUGGCGCUGUGGCAAGACUGCAGCAGGCAGCAGUGUGGAUCAGCCAACUACCAGGCGAUCACCGGGAUGAGCUCCUAGGCCCACUGGAUGCCCUUGUUGUGCGCCUUGCAUCUGUCCACCGAACUAGAAGCAGUUAGAGUGUAUUGUACUCUACAAAGCGGCAUUCACCAUGGUUGUGGCGGGCAUAUUUCCAGGGAAUUACCGUAUUGAUCGCACACCAUAGGCGCUCUAGAAAAGCCUCUUGAAGAAUCAUAGCUGCGACAGGUGUUGCAUCGUGGUCUAUCACAAUGCAACUUCAUGCGCCAGGCAUUUGAUGCCAAAUCUAUUUACGACCAA